AUGUGGUGUCUAGUGAGCCAACCAAAUGCCGUCGUCAUAGAAGUCAAACUCGACCAUAAGGCAAAGGGUUUGGAAUGCUUGGAAAAAGUAAACGAGAAAAUAAUUUCCUCAUUAAUACCUACUUGCUUUAUAUAACCUGCUUUAUACUUAACUUUUUUUUUACCUACUAUUCAAUCACAACAAUGCUACUAUCAAAUAUAUUGUGUUGACAACUUUUAACUUUUUCUUCUUUUCAUAUUACUUAUUAUCCGAUUGGUCCUUCCAUUAUGCACAUUUUUUUAAAUAUUUGAUACCUAUUUUAUUGAAUUUGUUUGGUUUUAAGUUAAAACUUUUAACCCCUGUUCACAACAAGUGUUAGUUACAGAUUUUAGGUAUAAAGUAUAAAGUAUAAAUGUAUCUAAUACCUAUUGUAAGUUAGUAGGAACAAGUAUACAAAUUACCUACUGUUCUAAAUAUUUACAAAUUGUAUAAAUACUUAAUUGCUAUAAUUUCAAGAAAAAUAUUUAAAUAAUACUUAGGUAUUGCUUAGUAGCAAUAUUUUCAUUAUCUAUAAUAUACUAGUUAUCAAAUUUUUUUCAAGUUUUUAUGUAUAAUUUUUUGCAAUUUUAUACAUUAUACUUUGGUAUGUCCAUAAUUAUUAUUUUAUUUUUAAAGUACAUAUUACCUACAUUAACCCCUAAGCUCUAAUAUUACUGAUCUAUUUGGUAUCUAUUAUUUACCUAUUAUUAUUUUUGUAAUUUGUGCAUAAUUUAAAAAAUAGAAAAACCUUAACAAAUACAAAUAAGCUUAGGUAAAUAUUUAUCUACUAAGUACUUAUACAAAUUCAAAUUUAUGACAAUGACAUAGUUAUUAACAAUUAACAGUUAAAGUAAUAACAUUAUAGUAAUUACUUUAAUUAUUAUUAUUACAGUUUAUUUACUAUUUUUUUAAUAUUUAUGAAUUGCCCAUUUUUUUUAUAAAUACUUAGCUACCUAUUAAAUUCUGAGAAUUAGCACAAUGUCACUGUUCAACCUAAUGAAAACCUAACCUAAUUUGUGUUUUUACUAAUACUUUAUGUAAAACAAAUUAAAAUUUUCAUAUUGUUAAUUAGGUAAUUAAAUAAAUAAAUAAUUAAUUUAAAUUAAUGUUUAAUUGAUUCAGAUGUAAUUGUUAUACAAUUAAAAGUAAGUUUAGUGAGUAAUUUUUGGGGUAAAUGUGUUAUCUAAUUAAGCAGGUCUCUUUAUUUUAAAAUUACAAUAAUGAUUAUGUUUUAUAGGUAUGUGAAUGUUUGGGCAUCAACAAAGAAUGUGAUUAUUUUGGAUUGCAGUACAAAACAGUCAAAGGGCAAGAUGUAUGGUUGAAUCUAAGAAAUGUGAUUGAACAUCAAGUUGCUGGAGUACACCCAUAUCGUUUUGCACUCAGAGUUAAAUUCUGGGUACCCCCUCAUUUAUUGCUACAAGAAUCUACCCGGUAAGAGUUUAAGUUCAAUACCUAAUAUUAUUCAUAUUAGGAUAUAAAUUAAUAUUUAGUUUAAAUGUGUGGAUUUAAAUUUUUUUAUUUCAUAUUAACAUAGAUAAAUAAUGGGGUACAUAAUAUGUAGGUAUGUACAAAUAUUUUUUUACAAUUAGAAAAUAUAAUAUAUUAUAUGUCAGUUUGUGUUUAUAUUGAUUAUACUUUUUGAUUCUAAAUUAUAGAAUGCCAACAGGUUAUCUAUUGCCUUGUCUAUUGCUGAAUACCCCUAGUAUCAUUUUAUCUCUCACAUUAUUUCUGUUUAAACAUCAUUUAAAUAAAUAAGUUAUAAUUUAUUAUCAACCACAUAAUAUGAAGAAUAAGAAUAACUAGAAUAAAAUGAUUAUGGUACUCGUUCAAUAUGGUGUCUACAAUGAAUAUAUUAUUAUCUCCUAUAAUUUUAUGUUGAUUUAUAUCAUUUAAUAUGCUUUCUACAAAUAAUAAUUGUCAUACAUAUAUAAUGCGUUAUUUCUAAUGUCAUUUUUUUCUGAAUCUCGUUGCCUACUAUUUUUAAGAACUUCAUUCAGUUCCCCACACCACAAAUUAUUUGGUUUUUAAUUUUAGUAAAUAUUGUAAAUAUAGUAAAUAGUAGAUGUUUGUUCAUCAAGUAAUAAAUCAAGUUUUUUUUUUUUAAAAAAAAAAACAUUUCUUCAUUUUGAAUGGUAUGUUAACACAAAUAACUCAUAGUCAAGCUUAUAGUUGAUUCAUUUUUGGUGUAAAAAGCUUAAUUCUUAGUUUAAAAAUGAUUAAAUAUGUAUAGAUAUAAUCAUAUUUGAUAGAAGCCUUAUUUUAAUUCCAAAAUUAUAAAGUUUAUACAGUAGAUAGCAUACUAAAUCAUGAUAUGUGUGAUAGAUAGUAUAUUGAACGAGUACCAUAGUUUCUAAUUUUAUCUAUUGAAUUUCUACACAUAUAGUCACAUUUCACAUUAUCUACUUUUACUGUCUUCUACUGUUUCUUAUAGAUAGGUAAUAACUGAAAAAUGUUAAUAAUGAAUAAUCACAUAUAACAAUGAGUCUCAUAUUCAUAUUCCAAAAAGUAUUUAAUUUACAUUAAAAACUGUUAAAUUAUUAGACUACCAAUAUAAAAAUUACCUACUUUUUGCAAGUAAUCUAAUCUUUAAUAAUUAUUUUCCAAUAAAAUAGAUUAGUAAUUAUAUUUUUCUUAUACUUAUGAUCCAAAAUUAUUACCUAAUCUGUUUAGAGUAAUACUUUUCAUUACACACUAAUAAUAAAUACACAGACAAAAGGAUAAAGGUCAAAUUGAUUAUAAAAAAUCAUGUAUGAUAACCCAUACAGAAAGAAUUGUGUUCCCAGAAAAUUUAUAAUUUGUUUGCCAUCUAUCCAACUAUCCAAGGUAAAUGUGAUAAAUGAAAUCAUAUUAUAUGAUAAUUAUCAUAUAUUAAUUGGAACAGGUAGUGAUAUAUAUCAGUACAUCACUUAUAUAAUAAUAUACAUUUUAGAUACAUAGGUAUUUUGAUAUUCAUUAGGAACCUAGUUCAGUGCACAGUUUUUAGAAGAUUGAACAAAUACAAAAAUUGCAUAUUUAUUUUGGAUGAUCUUUGAACUACUUAUGUAAGAUAGAAUUACCAAUAUGUUUCUUGUCUAUGUAAAGUUAAUCAUACAAUUUAUUUUUAACAUUUUAUUUUAUAAUUAUUAUGAUUUUUAACACUACAUAUUUUUAUUUAAUGAGAACAAACCAUUUUUGAGAGCCAAAAAAGUUACUUUUACCUUUUAUAAAUUAAUAAAUUAUAUAUAUUUUUUAAUUUUAAAAUUUGUUCUUCUAUAUAAAAUACAAACUUAGUAAAAUAAGUGUUGGUGUACUACUUGUCUAGAUUAGAAUCAAGAGUUUAUUAUAUUAAUCAUUUGGCCUUUCAUUUGAUGAAGAAGAAGGUACAGGGAGCUGGAGUAAUUCAUCUUUUGCAUUAUACCUCCUUUUAGUUCUUUUAUUUGAAUAAAUUACCAAAUUCAGGAAUAUAACAUUUGUAAAUAAUAGUUUUGGAUAAUUUCAGUGAUUAUGAACCAUCUCAAAAACAUAUUUUAAAUGAUAAAAUCUAGGUUUUAAUUUUUUUUUUUUUUAGAUUGUUAUUUUCGUUUUGUAGACUUCGUUUUUUUAUAAAUUAAUUUUGGAAUGAAGUUUAUUUAAUAGUAUUAAUAUUAUAUCAUAUUAUUUUAUUAAAACUUAUAACACUUUAUUAAAAUAAAUUAUUUAGUUGUGCACGUGUUCAGUUAAAUUUGACCUUAAAGAUAAUACAUUUUAAACAUAAAACUACCUCAGGCUCCACUGUACAUACCUAAAUUGAGUUUACACCCAAUAAUAGUAAACAUUCUCUUUUGUAUUUUAUUUAAAACCAACGAUGCUUGUGAAAAUACUUGUCAAUCUAAUAAACUGUUGUACUGCACAAAUUAGAUUUCUUUCAUAUUUUAAUACUUUUUAUGUUUUUAUUUUUUUUUGGUAUUGUAAGUAUAUAAAUGGUUUGUUCCUGAAAUAUUUAAGUAUAUGAUUCUCAGUGAAGAUUGGUUAAAUAUAUUUUAAAUACAUUAUUAUUUUUAUGAUUUUUGUCAAAAUUUGGAUAAACACUUAUAUAAAAAAAAAAAAUACUACUACAUUACACUCAAUUUUAUUUUUAAUCAUUUUUUACAAUUUAUGGUGAACCUUGUGUUAAAUUUUCAAGCAUUUUUGUUUUGUGUAAAUAAUAUUUUUAUUCACUUAAAACCAUAUAUUUAAACUAAUAUAUUCCUCGAUGUGCUUAGAAACUAAAAAAAAUAUAUGCUUAAUGUUCUAUUGGUUCUUGGUUAGUUUUAGAUUCAAGCUCUUAGUUUAUUUUUAAUAUGUAAUUUUUAGAUAAAAAUAUCUCAAUAGUAGUAUAUAUUUUUAGAGGAAAUAUAAAACACGGAAAUUGUUCAAGUACAAUAAUUUUCAUUUAAAUUUAAAAAAAUUAUUCAAUUGCAAGCAUUUGUAAGGCCUUCAAAUGUAAUACAGGUUCAUUAAUGUGUUAAUAUCACUUUAUUUUAAAACUCAGUUAAAUUAUUUAAAUUGUAGAAAUUAAUUAUAAUUACAUGCAUAAUAUUUUAGUAAUUGUAUUGUCCACAUUAGAAUACAAAUUGUAAAUUAAACAAAAAUAAACAUAAAAUUAAACAUCUUAGUUUAACAAGUUUGUUAAUAUCUAUCUUAAAACUGCAUGUUAUCAAAACCUAAAAAAUAAAAUUUAGAAAAAUAUUUAAUUUCAUUUUUGUAAUAAGUGCGUAGGUAAAACAUAUAAAUUGUAACUCUAAAGUUAUAAUUUGUUUUUCUUAAAUAAAUCUUUUAAGUAAAUGUUGAUAAUAUAUGAAUAUUUACUAAGAUAUACUAUCAAUAUAUAAAAUAAUGUACCUUAUGUGAAUAAGAAAAUAUAUUCGACUUUCUAUGGCUUAGUUAUUUUGUGAAACAAAAAUGUACUCACAAUUAUUCAUUAAGAUAAAAAACUUUUAAAACGUUAAAUACACCUAGUUAAAUUUAAAUGUAUGGGUUUUUAUUUUGAACAUAGGUAACCUAAAGGGUUCCUAGUGUUUAUAACCAUAAAAAAAAAUGUUUAUUUACUAAAAUAUUAACAAAUAUAACUGAACUGUAUACGAAAAUUGACUCUUACAUAUUAUGUCAACUAUUGUAAAUGAAGUGUGACUAAAUCUAAUAGUUUGUAACUGUAAAACAUUGUUACUUUGUCUAUUAUUGUUUAAUGGUUAACAAGUAAACAGUUAAACUCAAUCGAACAGUGGGCCCAUUUAGAAACAACAAUAAUAAAGGGAAAGUGCCUCAUAAAAAAAAAAAAAAAAAUUGUCCAAUGUCUGAUACAAGCAUAUACAUAUAGUAUCCAAGUAAUAAUAAUUCUAUCCUAUCAUUAAUUUAUACAAUGAUUUUAAAUAAACUCAAGGUCAUCAAAAUAAGAUUUUAUUUGUACAGAUUUAAAGAUGCUUUUUUUUUUAUCAAUGUCCUUGUUAUUAUCCUACCUUAUCCCCAAUAUUAAUAUUUUUAACAAUAAUAAAUUGUUUUUUAAAUUUCGUAAUUUGAGUUCAAUGCUACUUACAAGAUUUUCUUAGUUAAAUUUGACAAUCGUGCAAUGCGGUUAAUGACCUUGUCAUUAACCCAUUGAUUUUCCUAAUGAUUAUCGAUCUUUUUUCUGGUUUCUAUUCUGAGUCGCACAUUAUCCAAGCGUAAUUGAACAAUUUAGUUUGAUAUCGAUUUCAAUACCACAUUAUCUUAUAUUGUGAUCUCGAUUAUGAGUUUAUAAUGCGUUCGUUGUUGUUUUUACUUCGACUACGGAUUUGGCUUUGCACUUAAUAUAAUAUGUAUCUACUACCUAUCUGUAAAUGAUCCUUAACAGUAAUAAAUAUUUUUCUUAUCAAAAAUAAUUAGCAAUUCAUAAACCUUUGUAAAAAGUAUAAUAUGUAUUGUAUUGUGUUUUAUUUGAAAGAAAAGUAUAUUAGUUUUAUUAGUAUACAUAAAAUGUAAACUAGUAUUUUUAUAGCGCUAAAAAAAUACCUAUUUAGAUUUUAUACAAUUAUACGAGCCAUAGUUAUUAGUCAUUAAACUAUAAAAGUCAAAUCCCGCCGUCUGUCUGUUUAAUAUUGAAUUUUAUCAUAAACUUAUUAUAAUACCGCCUAAUGUUCAACAAAACCAUGUUUUCAUUCUGGGUGUGUAAUAAUAUUCUGAUGGAUUUCAUGGACAAAACGUUCUUAUGAAAUCGUAUUAGCUGUCAUCGCCAUAUGCUGUUUUUAUUGUUAGUUUUAUCAAUUUCUAUUAAAGUAUUAUUUAUAUGAAACAUAUCUGUAUUAUUUUAUAAAAUCUGAUUUAAAUUCCACUCGCAGAGUUAUUUUUGUAGCCCGUAAAUCUUUAUUGAAAAGCUAAAAUGAUUUCAUUAUUAUAAAAUGUAACAGUGCAGGCCGGUUCCAUAUUAUAAUAUGAUCUUUAGACGAGUCGUGUAGAUGUAUUAUAAGGCCGUGGAAAAAGCUGCUAGACAUUUUUACGGGAGAUAUGAGAAUAUGCGGAGAUGACGAAGAAACGGAGGACAAGAAGUAGCUUUGCGUGGGAUAAAUACCAAGAAGACGAUUAUGUGUAAUUGCCUAUUAUUUCACAAAAUAUAUGCAAUAAUUUACGGAUAGCGGUGUUAAUAUUAGAAUCUAGAUAUUAGAAUUUUGUUACUAAAAUACAUUUUAAAAUUAAUUGUUUUUGUCCAUAAUAAUGAAACACACAAAUUUUCAAGGGAUAGACAUAUGGAAAAAAGUUGAGAAGAUAGCCUAGGAUACAAAAAGAUUUAGAGUUUAUAUUAUCUGUAUGUAACGAUACAUCAUUGCUAACAAAAUGUGACUUUAACUGUAAUGAAGUUUGAUUAUUUAAACCUUUUACGAAUUUUCUCAAAAUUUGAACUUAAAACACUUAUACAAAUAACCUGCUACAUAACAUUUAUUUUUAACCACUGUUAUACAUUAUGUACAAUUAUCUAUAAAUUUUGCUCAGUAAAACAAUUUAAUCCAUAUAAAUCAAAAAAAAGUGUCAAAUGCCUAUAAAUAGUUCAAAAAUCGUCAACGUUUUUUUAAAAAUUCUAGAAGAAAAAACGUAGAUAGAGACGUCUAAAUAAAAGCCUUAUAUAUAUAUAUGUAUAUACAUUUAAAAAUAAUAUAUUCCUCGUUGUGUUCAGAAUCUAAAAUUAUAUUUUACGUCAUUAUAAUAAUAAUUUAAUUUUUAACACAUUUAAAGCUUAUGACAAGCUUAAGAUAAGCUUAUGUUAUAAGAUUAAAAUGUCGUUUCAUCAUAAUUAUGUUACGCUCUGAUGUGCACUGUGGAGUGGCCAGUGAUCAACUUUAAAAUUUGGUACAUUUCUGUAUGUUUAAUUAUAGAGUAGGUAGGUAUGUAUUGUUUUCUAAGAAUAGGUGUAUUACUUAUUAUUAACUUUAUGAAUUACAUCUACCUAAUUAUUAUUUUAAAGUUUACAUGAAAUUGUGAAAAAAUACAUUUUCGAGUUAUGUAUAAAAAUAGAUAAUUUUUUUUAGUGAAUGAAAUACUAACAAUUAGGUAAUUUUUUUCGCCGUUUAUACGAUCAUUUCCAAAUAUAAUAUUUUCUCAUAUAUAUAAAUAAAUUUAAUUAGAGACUUAUUAUAAUAGUACAUAAUGUAUAAUUAAAUAAAAAUGCUGAUAUUGAGGAUAUAAGUGCCAUUGUAGGUGAAAAGUUGGUAUAGUAAGAUACAUACAAUUAUUUAAUUAAUAUGUGUACACUAACAAAAAACGAUUCUGAGUGAAGUUCUGCUAUACAUAUUUGGGAAUCUUAAAUCGAUUUAUGAAAAAAUUGGGUUUUUCCUAAUUUGCCUAAUUAUAAAGCAAACUCAUAUAAAAAAACUGAUUUUUUUUAUUCGCCAUGAGACCAAAUUUUCUUUUCGAAAAGAUGUUAGUUUUAAAAUUUGGUGUAAGUUUUUAGCUAAAAAAAAAAAAAUGGGAAAAAAUUUAAAAUUGUAAAGAUCGUUAACGCCAUAAAGUUAUUAGUUUUUAUUUGACGUUAUUUCCGAUUUUUUCAGUUAUUAUGAAAACCGCUUGGAAAAUCCAAAAGUUCCCUGUUUACCAGUCAACUAGAUCAAAAAUGAAACAAUAAAGGUCUCUUGUCAUUUUUUUGAUUGGAUCAAGAUUUAUGAUAUAAAAGUAGUUUACCGACAGAAAAAAAAUAAAUGAAAAAAAAAAAAACAUGUCAGUAAAACCAAUACAUUCCUGGCUAUAUUUAGAAUCUAAAAUAUAUACAUAUAAAUAUAUUUUAUAUUUUAUAUUUAUAAUGUUGCCUAUAUUUUAUUUAUUUUUUUCUACGUUUUAAUAAUUACGUAAUAAAAUAAUAUAUUUUUCUAAGGGGGUAUAUAAAAAAAAAUUAACCAGACCGUAAUAUGGUUGUUAUUUAUUAAGUUUCCAGUUGAACAACCUGUACUUAUAAAAAGCACACACACAAUAGAUAUAAAAAUUAUAAUGUAUACUCGUCAUAAUUUAAAAAAAAAAAAUCCCAUUAGCAGCCGUAUCUUUGUACAAUUUUAUAUAUGUCCGUAUCGCUGUUAUUGUCUAAUAAUGUCUAUUAAUGUUUCUUUUUUACACAAUGGUUUAAUAUUGGAAACGAGUCUUUUGGAUAAUAUAAUAUCAGUAUUAUAUUUAUUUCUACAGCAGAUAAAAGCUUGUUGAGUAGUGCAUUAAUUUUCAACAAUCCUUCAAAGACGACAGUCUAACCAGUGUAAUAUAAUAUACCUUACAUAUACAGGACGGUUAUUUUUAUCACGAACCAGCGAUUAUAAAUAUCUACGAAUAUUACGAGUAUAUUAAUUAAUUUCGGUUUUUUUUACCAGGACAUAUUAUAUUGUGUAGAAUCGUUUACUCAUAAUUCGUAAUUCCAUCAUUCGUACAAAAUUGACAGCAGCUGUUACGUGCCAAAACCUCGUAACUUAAAAAUUGAUUUUACAAUAAACGUUAGUGAACUUGGGUACAUACUGUUUAAAUAAUAAAAUUAAGUGGAUUGUAUAAUAAUUAACACGGUGGUUUAAGUUAAAUCGUAAUUUCAAAAAGGACAAAAUCUCCUAUAUAUACAUUAUAUUGAUCAUAUCGAAAUUGUGAAACGUUUAUUUGUAACUCUCCCGAAUAAUGUGUUAAAAUAGAAUUACGAGGUUUUAUACAUAAUAGCACUGAUUAUAAAUACGAAUUGUAUUACAAUAUAAUAAAAUCAAUGGUACCAAAUAGCUACCUAUCGAUAUUGUUUUAAAAUCAAAUUACUCAACAUUUUCGUUAAGACUACCGGUUAUUUAAAAAAAUCACCCGUAAAAAACAUUAUAUUUUUUUGUAUUCACAUUGGCCUUUCCGGAUUAUACCUAUCUGUUCACGUGUGCUGGCGAUGCUUUAAAUUCAUUUCACGAAAGUAUUUCAGUUAUAGAAAUCCGAACAAUGUUUAGUGCAACUUUUUGCAAUUUUUGGUACAUUUUUAACGAUGACAUAAUUUCAAUACCGUCCGUUGAUGUUUCGUAUUUUUAAUACCUACUAUUUUUACUAUUGUAUAUUCAAUUUAUUUCUCGUAUUUUUGUUAAUGCGUUAUUAAACGCAAAUUUCAAUAAUUCAAUUCGAAUUAUGCCGUUUUUAGUAAAAUAAACAUCCAAUUUCAUAUAUAAGAUAGGGCUGAUAAUUAGAAAAAAAGUAACACGCCAAGUUCUUUAAACGCAAAUGGUUGCGACGUUUAACGUUCCUAGUCUUAUCGAAUUGUAAAACAUUGGCACUGUAACACGAUUGUAUACAACCCGGGUAAAAUAUUUUAAAAGAAAGGAAUUUUGUAACAAGUUCGUGUGAAAUAUUAUAUACAAAAUAAUAAAUCGUUAAAAUCGAUCAUUUUGCUACAAAAAUACAUAAGCUUUUUUAUACUAUUAUUAUUGCUUUAAAGCGCGAGGCAAUGCUCUUCAAUCAAAACAUCAAUUUACCACCAUUUCGACUUCGGCGGCACAAAAAAGUUAUUGUUUGUAUGUCACCGCCGUAUCCGUAGGUACCAUAAUAAUAACCAUUCAAAACAAUAAUAAUUGCACCGAACAAAAGUCCCCCGGGUGACGUGCGGUCCGCGGUCGUAUAAAACAAGGGGCAGCGUCCUCCGCCCCUCGCUCGCCGCGCGGUGUCCCGUCCGGUUUCUUUAUUGAACCCGCUAAUGAACCGUAUUCCUUCACAGCACGUGACUAAUUAUUCGUUUGUCGCGUCAUCGGCACGUUGCAAUGUUCGCUAACUGUAGUAGUUUUUAAUGUUUUUAUUAUUAACGGCCGCGUCGCGUCUAAAGUCCCUCCGAAAAUGUACAUCGUCGUCGGUGUACCUAUAUUAUUAUUGUCUAAACACCUUAUAAUAUUUACGUAGUUUAGGCGGCCUAUGUAUACUCUCAUGAUUCCCGGCCAUCGUUAAAUCGAAGGAAAUCGUUAGAAUAUUGUAAAUAUAAUUUCAUGUCUCACAUAAUACUAUUAUCUCCAGUUAAAUAUUGAAACAAUCGCCCUUUGAUUUCUUAAUUAAUAAUAUUAUAGUAUUUACGUAUGUAUAAUAAUAAUAAGUAUAUUAUUAUAUUGAAACGGUAUACGUCUUUAUCGUAUACAAUUUUUUGUUGUUUUUGUUUUUUUUUUUUUAAAUUUAUUAUAAUAAAUUGACCGUAUAAUACCUUAAGGCUUAUAUUGUAUUAUUUACAAUAACUCGAUAGUUUUAAAAUUUUUUUCCGAUAAAAUAAAUGUUUCGGGGAGGGGAGGGUUUAAGUUGAAUAUUUUGUAAACUUUUAUUAUGCGAAACGAUUAUGAAAAUGGACUGCACAAUAAGAAAACUCGUUGGUUUAUUAUAAUAUUUUCAAAAUAUUGCAUUUCGAUUCUAUUUAAAAAAUGUUAUUUUUCGUAAUUUCGAGUUUGGUUUUAAGUUUUUCGGCCCGUCAAAUACACAGCCCUAGUAUAAUCGAUAUUUUGCAAUUUCUAAGUGAAUUGGUACAAUAUUAUGAAUUCAGUCGUGCAGGAAUGAGAAUCUAUUACACAACAAUCAAUUAGGUAUAGAUUUCUGUUCUAUUUUAGAAACUAUGUUCAAGGUCUUCAUAUAUUAUAUAUUAUUUUAUUAUUAUCAAUUAUCGUUUACUCGCAUUACGUAGUUCUAUUUUGUUUAUCAAUACAAUAUAUUGACAAUACUAUACGAAACAUUAGUUUUUUCUUCAAAAAUACCGCAUAAUAUUUUAUAAUCUAUACGUGUUAUAUUAUUUUAAUAUCAUCGGACUUUGUAAUAAUAUUAUUAUUACUUAUAAUAAUAUUAUAAUAUCUACUUGUCUCGGGUUCAUUGUUUAUAUGAGUUAUACGAGCAUUUUAUGGUUUUUUUUAUUUAUUUAUUUUUUUCGCGUCAGCGGUGUGAAUGAUUUUUAAAGAAGUGUGUGGUGUGCGUGUUAUCGAACGGCCGCCGCAAAGCGAAACGAGUAACACAAUACUAAAUAAUAUUUUAAUGUCGUCCUAUAAUAAUAAUAAUAAUAAUACAAUAAUAAUUACUAUUUUAUCCUCUCCGGAUGAAUCAACGCGGUAAAUGAAAAUAAUUACUAUGUUGUGUGGUGCACGUGAGACGCCGCAUGAAAUCCAGCAGUGUGCGAACGUCGUACAACGUAUUAUUACACAUUUUACCUCGGUGUUGACAUCGUCGUCAUCGCGAUCGUUGAAACCUUCAGCGUUCUAGGCGGGUAUACCUACUUACCUACUACCUAUAAUACAUCGCCCGUUCUAUUGGAUAAUUAUUAUUUUUUUUUUUUAUUCCUAUUUUAUUUUCCUGUUAAAACGACUCGUAUUUUUACUAUCUACGGUAUACACCACAGUGGUUUUCAAUAUUUUUGGGUACACGGCUCUUCUGGUUUUGAAAAUCACCAAACUACCGUGUUCUCUGACGAAUAAUGAUAACAAUAAAAAUUGAAUCAAACAAAUUUUCUGUAUUGUCGUAUAUACUAUAUUUAUUAGUUAUUACUAUAAUAUACGCGGUUCCUUUGACAACAAACCGCGACGCACAGGUUGAAAACCACUGGUAUAGUUUAGAGAGAGAGAAAAAACAUUCAAACGUUACUGGACCAUUCUGUUGUUAGUCGUUCAGUUUGCGCGCAGAUUUUGUAAACCGUUUUUGAUAUUAAUAACGAUGUCGUUUAUUGAAGUGUACAAUAUACUAUGUAUAACUCAUAACUCGCGAGCUUAUGACUUUUACCUUUACGUAUUAUUAUUUCGCCAUCCGUUAUUCGUAACGAUAUUUAUAUUGACAGUAUAUUUUUUUUUCGAUAAUAAAGGGCACGGCAUAACUCGUUACUAUACAAAUUAUCGAUCUCGAGACGGAGCUGUUGGUCGAUCGUGUAUACACACAAUAUAGUAUUAAUUAUUAUUAUUCAUCAGUCGACUCAGAAAUAGUCAAAUGAGGGGAGGGGGAAAUGAGAGGGAUAUUAUCCUCCGCUAUCACCUCAUUUUUAUCAAAUGCCUAUAAUAAUAAUAUAAUAUUAUACUAUAUUUCUCUAUAGGCAGUUAUAAAUACCACCGAGUCGACUCGAUAGUAAUAAAUUAUUACUAAUAUUAUUAUUAUUGUAAUCUCGUAUACUCUCUGGACAAAUUAUUACUAUCGCAUAACAAUACGCGUAAUAUAAGUAAAAAAGGGACAGAACAGAAAAGAAAUACGGUCAGUGGCGUAAUUGCGGGUGAGGUUGGUCGAUCAAUAUUAUUAAUUAUGAUAUUAUACCGUAAAAAUACUCGACUCGCGAUGCGAAAAAUGUUUAUGAAUAAUAACGAUACAAAUAUCGGUGGUAUAAUUUUUUUUUAUUUUCAAAAUUGUUUAAAAUGUGACCCAACCGUCAUAAUAUUAUUUACAUAGAUACGUGUAUAAUAGAAACGUAAGUUCUUCAACAGCGUUUAUUAAUUACGAUUUUUAUUCACUAACGAUAAAAUAUAGAGUCAAUAGUGCAAACCAGUAACGUUUUUUGUUGUUGUUUUUGUCUACACAUUAAUACUAGUAAUGGUUUCUAUUAACCCGUUGCGUUUUAUAUUAUAGUUUUUUUUUUUUUUUUUUUUUUUUAGAUCUUUCUGGAUAUAUUGGCUUAUGAUAUUUGAACGAAUUAUUAUACUACGGAAUUAUUCUUUUUACGUACACACGAGUAGAUGACGUCACUGAUCAUUUGCAUAUACCCUUCAUAGGAGGGGAUGCAGUAAUAAUCAUGAUUGAUGAAUAAAUCAUAUAUCAUAUUAUUUUUUUUAAGUACCUAACCCAGCCAUGCUCAACCUUUUUUUUUUUUUUCUUGGAUCAUGUAUAAUAUAUUUUCAUUGCGAUACGCGGACCAUAACAUGGUGCCUAAUUAAAAGACCACUAGGGAAGCAUGAUAAUUUAGAAUUGUAUCUAACGAAAAAUGGAAAAUUGUGAUUUAGCUUUUUUACAGUGAACAUGUAAAACCCGGAUAAAUUUUUUUUCAUUGGAACUUUGCGCUAAAAUUUCAAAAUAAAUAUUCACAGUCGUUGCAUUUGUAAGCCAAUGAAAAGGGAAUGCUUCUGUUUAUUACGUUAUUUCAAGUAAAUUAUUACGAUUAUAAAAUUACGUUUCUACAUUAUAAUCUAUGUACAUUUUGAUCAGUUAUUUUCGUAUUGCCUGUAUUUUAUUAUAUUUUUUAAUGGUUAAUGGCCGUAUGUUGCGUUUCGAAUUAUGCACGUCAUCGUUGAAUUAAUGCAAUGUGCAUUAAUUAUUAUUUUAUGAAUUUAUAGUAUUAUAUAGUAUUUUGACUCUUUAUUUACGUAUUUAAUGUAUACAGUUAGUAAAUAAGCAUAUCAAAACAUUAUAUUAUUAUUAUUUCACAACUUUUUUUUUUAUAUAAGUACAUAUUAUUACCAAUAUACGCAUAUGUCCUACAUAUUUUUUAGGUAUAAUUUUUCGAUAAGUUUUAUAACAAUUUAAUUGAAUAUGAUAAAUAGUGAUAUUAUAAUAUACUAAAGAAUACAGCCCACUUGAAUGGAAUGUGUCCAAGUAAAAAAGGUCUUGAUACACGUCUAUACGGUGUGUUAUUAUUAUAUUUUUUUUCUGGCAACAAUUCAACACUAAAAUUAUUCAGCGAAUUACGAAAAUAAAAUUUUUGACCGUCGCUUUAUCAUCUGGGUAUAUUCUCUAGUCACGUGCUAUACAAUAUUGUUUGAGAUUUCUAUACUGGGUCGAAUUGAUCUAAAAAUUGUAUAUUUACCUACAUAUACUAUGACAAAGAAAAAGUAUGUGCGAUUUUUAUUAUUAUUUUUUUUUUUUGUAAAUAUUACAAAGACUAGCGCGUGCGGGAACCAAAUGACCGGAAAAUCGAUAAUAUAAUUGUAUUUAAAAUAAAAUAUCCAUUACCUAGGUUUCUUUUUUUUAAAUCAAGAAACUUUAGAAAACGGUUUUAAAACGGUACUUUUAUAUACGAUAUCGUACUAAUUAAAAUUAUUAAUCAUGUUUCUAUAAUAUAUAUCCGUGUACCAGGUGUUAGACUAAAUAACAAUAUUUUUUUUUUCAUGGUCAAACUCGUGAGUUAAGGUUGAAUUCGAAUUCGAAUGCGUGCGCACUUGUAUAGUCUGAAGAAAACCGUUCAAUUUUACCUAAAUUUUUGACUAAGUAUAUGUAAACCUCAUCAAAGAUUAUAUUAUUUUAUGGUAUAUGAUAAAAUAAUUAUUUAUCCGUAAAAUAUGUAUAUCAUUAUCAUUAUAGUACAUAUUCUUAUUGUAAAAUUAGUUUACAGAUUGUAUGUUUAAAAAUAAAAAAAUAAAGAUAUUUACCUAAACAAUUAAUAAUAUAAUAAAAUAUAUAUGCGCAUAUAGUGUAUAAUAUAUCUAUUUUUUACGCAUAUAUAUAUAUAAACGAAUAUAUGUCUGUUUGUCCUUACUACACCAUUAUUACACCAUUCAUCCGACCGCCAUUAAAUUUUAGGAAGUUGCCCCACGUUUUGUCCCAAGGUUUAUAGCUAUUGAAAUCCAUCCCCUAUUGAAUAUCAUACCCUAUAAAAUUUGGUGGUAUUAGAUUCUGAGUGGAGCGAGGAAUGUAUUGGUUUUACAAUGAUGUUUAUUUUUUAAUUUUUUAAUGUGCACAUUUUUUCUACCAGAAAGUAUACUCCGAUUAUCAAGUGUAGCACCUAUUUUGAAAUGAAAUGUUUUCUGGAUGGUACUUUAGAAAGGUUGUUUUCACAUUAAUAUUCGAGAUAAUGAGGAAAACAUGGUGCUUUAGGUUAGAAAAUAUUGAACGAUUAAAACUAAGGUUAAAACCAAUGACAAUUGGUAACCGUUUUUAUUUAUUUAUUGUUAUUAUUACGUUUUUAUUAUUUUAAAAUAAUCUUUUUUAAACAAUCAUUGUUGUCGUGGAAAUUCACAGUGUUGUAAUCACUUUACUAUAAUAUGACUUUAUUAUUAUCAAUUUAUAUAUUAUCAAUAUAUUAUUGACAAAGCAACUAAACUCCCCUCAGAUUCGUUUAUUCGUUAGCAAUGGUUUAUCGUUGCUUACAUAGAUAUACAUUAAAUUCUUGUCUGUAUCCUACCUUCCCAACUCCCCAGCCACAACAGUGGCUGUUCCCACGUGUGAAAUGUAUCCGUCCUUUUUUUAGUAUGAAACUCGUAAUUAUUUUUGUUGAUUUAUGGGUUACUUUGGUAACACGGAUAAAAAAAACCAUUGUUAUCAAUUUUUGUAGUGUAACCCCUGUGCUGUGAUGGUAUCUAUUAUGGUAUUAUCAUUUUUAUUAUUAUAUCUAUUAACUUUAUUUAAAAACUUUUUUAUUGCACGGGCAAAGCCGGACGGAGCAACUUGUAAAUAAUAAAACAAAACCCAUACGCCCAAACCUAUCAUUAGUUAUUAUAAUACAUUUAGUAUUUUUGGUCAAAAAAUAAAAAAAUUGAUAAUUAUUUAUAAAAUUAAGGUUUCUUUUGUGUGUUUAAAUGCAGUUGUUUCGAAAUCAUUAUUUUAACUUUUAAUUGUGGUUACAAUUUAAUACGAAUAUAGUAGAUUAUUUCAUUUUACUAACUGUAAGUACUGCUAGCUCAUUAUAGCUCUUGGUAAUAAAUGAUUUUGUAUGUAACUCUUUAUUAUUUGAAGAUUAAAAUGUUUUGUUAAAAAUAAUAUCAUUAUAAUAUGUUUUAAUUGAGUUGCAUACACAACCAAUUUAAACGAAUCAAAUUAUUUACAAUUAAUGAAUUUUAAAUAUAAUUAUUAUACGAUUAGGUUUGGUGCCUGCACUUUUAUAUGCGUUUUGUUUAGAUAUUCAUUAUCGACUCAGACUCCAUUCAAUAAUUGUUUUGUUGUCCGUGUCAGUGUUCAUAUACAAAACUAUUAUUUUCAAUAUACAAUUGUGUAAUAUUUCUCAGCUUAAUGACAAUGGUCAUCAACGCAUCAUCAUUGUUAUAUUGAAAUAAAAAACGAAUGGGCUAGGCAUUAAUUUAUUGUGUUUUUUUUUUUCAAUUAAACCCCAUUCCACUAUUUACAUAGUUCAGCAAGGUCUGACCCCGUGAAUUUUAGAGUACAAAAUAUGCAUAUAAGAAACAGUGUCCUAAGGCUUCAAAAACUAAAGUAAAUUAAUUAACUCUAUAACUCCGUGUAAUCAUAAUUAUCACAUUUUAAAUCUAGAAAGCUGGUGAAGUAACGACAUACAGAAUCGUUAAAUUUUAAUGGGUUGAGGUUCUUCUAUUUGUUGACAUAUAUUAGUACUCGCCACUACCGAAUUCCAAAUUUACUCUGCCGUGGGAUUGUGUAGUAUAACUUCUUAUAGAUGAUAAAGCUAGUAUAUUGACUAAAGUUAAAAUAAAAUUGAUGAUAUACGAUUUAUAUUAAUGGCUUAAAACUUCCUAGCAUCGUGUAAACCGCUCUAUAAUAGCCUGUGUUAAUCCAAAAUUGUAAACCAGAAUAAGCUGCUUGGACAACUACUUAAUAUAGCCUCGUGAAUCUGGUCAUGGUGAUUUUAAAUAUAAUAUAUAGAAGUCGUAUUCGAAAAUCGAUGUUUUAACAAAAUUAUGUACGAAUUAUUUUAUGCAUAAUUAAUGAGUGUUCAAAUUAUAUCUAUACGAGUUUUAGAUUGUUAUAUAAUUCUAUAAUAAAGUUAAACUCUGGAGAGGAGGCUGUCGUUUGAAAUAAUAAUAAUUCAUAUAUACUCGUACAACAGCGGUGAUUCGGCUUUCUCUGACACGUAUGUUAAAAAUAAAAUAAUAUAAAGUAAUAACUUGGUAUUAAAUAUUUGUUGCGUAAUAUUACAUUUUAAAUUGUGUAAUAUGAAAUUUUUAGGUGUAAAAAAAAACAUAUGUAGGUAUAUAUUAAUAAAAAAAUGCGUGAUGUCCACUGUUACUCACUGGUUUACAUGUAUAUUGAAAAAAAAAACUAAUACCUAUACCGCUUAUAGAUAAAUCACUAUUUAAGCGGGAAUUUUUUUUUUUUUAUGAAUAUUAAAAACAACUCGUAGGUUGAAUUUCAAAUCAAUAAAUUAAUACUUACAUACAUUGAACAUUUCAAUAAUGGGGGCACCUAUAAAUAAUAAUUAUAUAAAAGUCAAAAUAUUUUGGAAAUUAUAACACGUCUAGAAAAUGCUAAAAUAGAGUAUUUGGGUGUAUGAGUAUUUCUUACUGAAUUACAAAAAAAAAAAAAAAACAGUGGCGAUGUAACGUGUAACGUAGCGUCAAUAUUGGUGACUUUUCGGUUUUUCCACGCGUUAUUUAAAAAUAAAAGUACAAGGAAGUUUCAGAAAAAUAAUAAUAAUGCAGACUAUAAAUCUAAAAUGCUACGCAUGAAAGCAGUGCCGUGCGGUUUUGGAUUGCAGCCAGUAUAAUAGUGUAUUCUUACAGCCGAAAACUUGUUCGCGAACAGAAAAAAAAAGUACACACCGUAAUGUAAAUUCGAUAAUAUGGUCUUUCAAACGCGCUCCGUUCGGAAUCUCACAACCGUGAUAGUAUUCUAUCCAGGCCCGCCGUGAGAAAUAAUCCGCAUUUCGGCAAAUAUAAUGCCACCCCUUCCGUCAAAAGCAAAAUAUAUAGUACACAAUUUUAAUACAUUAUUAAUAUAUAAUGGAUAUUAAUAGUUGAAUUUGAUUGUUGAAUUUCUGUAGAUUUCAAUAAAAAUGUUAUGAAACUUACUACUUCUUUAUCAAUAUAUUUUUGUUUAGCUUCUCUAAUUUUUUAUAUAUAAACCCCGAAAUUCGUUUCCAUGAUGCCAUGGUUAAUAUAAGAAAAUAUUUUUAAAUAAUGAUCGGUCCUAAAAAUUUGAUUAGUCUAAAAAUGAACAUGAACCCAUGAUAAAUAUGUAAUCUAGUAAAUAUGACAGUGGUGGAUCCAAGAAGAGAGCGCGGGGGGCAUGAGCCUUCCUCAUUUGGUUGAAAAAAUAUUUUCGAUAAAAUAAUUAUGUGAGAGCAUAAGACGCUUUUUAGAUGGUUUUACAAAGAUGUUAAUUAUUAUUUUUCGGUUAUUAAUUAUUAUUUUUUUAUUUUUUUAAUAACCUAAAAAAAAACUGGAAAAUGUACGAAAUAUAUUACUAAAAUAUUACGACAUUAAUUUACACGCAUAACAAUAUAUUUUCCACUUAGUUAGAGAAAAGCAAAGCCAAAUUCGAUUAACGGUCUCUUGAUUUUUAUUGCGGCAUGUGACACCACUGUGUCUGUGUGUUGAAGAGUUGGACUAUGAAAGGCUCGAGUGCGCAAGAGCUGCAAUAUAAAUAAUUAAUUAUAAUAUUAUUAUUUGUUGGUGUAUCAUAAUAACUCGCUGGAAAAUCUCAUAGCUGUUGUUCGAUCAUUGAGUAUCAUUCAUAAUAUACAACCCAUAAGUUUGAACUUUUGAAGGUAAAAUUAAUCGUUGUCGGUCAACGGUCGUAUAAUUUCAAAUUAUUCCGAGUUAAAAUACCAUAGAUAAUAAUCUAAUAUAUAAAACAAAAAUAUUUCUAUGAAAAAAAGACACUUCUGAUUAUUUGAUUCAAAUAAAAUCUAAUUUAAAUAAAAUGUUAAUUUAUUCCUUAGAACCGGUUCCAGUUCCUGGUUUACUAGUCGGAAUUUGAAAGAUUUUUUUCCCGAAGUCUUUUGUGAGGGCCCCGUGGCUAUCGCCCCGGUUGCUCUCCCCUAAAUCCGGCCCUGAUACUGGACUAAAAAUACAUGCGUUUAUUUAUUAUUUAUUUAUAUGUCGCACCAUUCAUCAUUGAUGAAAUUAUCCAGUUCAUGAAAUGGUUAUUUUUUAACCAAAUGGAUAUUAAAAUUUCAUAUCAUGUAAUUUUUUUCAUCAAAUGACCAUCCACUUGGUGAAACAAAAUAUAAUAUAUAUUUAAUUCACAUCAUUCUGUCAUUGGUUUAAUUUAUUUAUAUAAACAGUAAGUUGAAUCGUGACAACGAUUAUUACAUUUUAGUUUAGCUUUUAAAUAUGCGCAACGGUUAUAGAAUUGUAUUUUUUUUUUCACGAACUGCUUAAAUACUCUUGUCCCUUUGAUAAAGCAAAAACUGUUUCACGAAUUGUUAUUUCUUUGUUAUUUUUUACUUGAUCAACAUUAAUAAAAUUUGAUGUGGCCAGUUGCAAGUUUUGUAUUCUGGAAUUUUAGCUUUGCUAUUCUGUAUAAAUAACUUAAUGAAGACAUUUGUUAUUAGAUAUUUAUAAUAAUUAAAGUAUUUAAAUUUUUAAAUCUAACUUGUAACAUUUUUAUCCCUGCUUUCUUUUGUCCUUCGUGGAAUUCUUGACAUUAUUUUUCAAUUUAUUCACCUUUCUUACAUAAAUGGCAAAUUGUGUCUUCUGCAGAAUCGAUAUCAACAACUAUUUACUUUAUUACAAAUUGAGCAGGUAGUUUUUUAAUUAAAUCUAAUGGCAAAUUUUGAAGAAGCCAUACCAAUUUUUGGUUCAUUUCCAAAAAGAGCUGUAAUUGAUGUUAUUGUAGAUAAAAAAAAUUAUAUGAAUCGUAUAAGAACUCAACAUGAACCAUUAAAUGGAUGGUUUGAAUCUGGAAAUUUCUGGCCACAUCAAAUUUUAUUAAUAUUGAUCAAGUAAAAAAUAACAAAGAAAUAACACUUCGUGAAACAGUUGCUGCUUUAUCGGGGAAACAAGGGUAUUUGAGCUGUCUGUGUAAAAAAAUAAAGUUAUUCUAACCGUUGCGCGUGUUUAAAUAAAUAAAUAAAACCAAUGACAGUAUAAUAUGAAUUAAAGUAGUAUUCGAUUAUUGCACCAUUGCAUCUGCAGUGAAUAACCAAUUCAAUAUGUUCCCAAGUGCUACGGUGGUACAUCAUAAUCGAAUACACGUUAUAAUAUCGUACAGAGACGAAUAUUGUCUUCGGGGUUGUCGUGUCCUUUCGGCUGAGAAUUCGGUUUUCGUCAUGGUGAAAAUAAUGUUAUACACGUAUAUAAUAAUAUGUUCGCGGUGGUUACAUUUGACUGCCAUCUGUAGCUCAGUUGUCCUCGCUAUGCGUUUUACGGUUAUUCGAGCGCAGCGCUCAUCGUUAUUGGUAUCGCCGAAAACAAUACGAAUCGCGCGUCCCUAUAACAAUAAUUAUUAUUAAAAUAUUCGACAAUCAAUAAUUAAAGUUUUAAAUUAAUCGCCAUAGUGAUUAAUUAGAACGGACUUCAGUACCCGUAUACACGAUAAUUUAUCGUAAUCAUUAUAAUACUCGUAAAAUGUUCGCGAUAUUGCGAUUAUAGAAGCACGUAUUACUAUUUAAAUUAUUCUAUUCAUAAGCUAUUACAAUGAAAAUUAUUAUUACCUGUGAAAAUGCAGUAUUAAUAAUUUUGUGUUUUAAUUAAAAGUACCGAAUUAAUAUUGUACUUAGGCAUACUAUAUUAUGAUUUUGACUUAGUAAUUUAGUUAAAUACAUUUGACAAUAAUUAUAUUAUUUAGGUAUUAAUUUAUUUAUCGAUCGCUACAUUAUUGUUACAGCCAUCAGUUUUAUUUACACGCCAAGUUGGAAUUAUGCGAAGGGCGUCUAAGACCGACAGACAAUCAGACCGUAUGCAAAACUAUUGCACUGUUGGCACAGGCCGAAUUCGGCGAUUGCGACGAUCUGGUUGCGCUAGUGCAGUUCUACGCUUAUUGGUGCGAACAUUUGGACGUGUCCGUGGACGACGAAGAAUCUAUCGACCGGAUCCAAAAGCUCUAUUCCGAAAUGAGAGUACGUACUCAUGUUAAAUAUUCCCUCACCUUUUUCCCAUUUUAUUUUUUUGUCUUAUUUAUACGAUUGUACAAAUUCGUUUUGUUUUAUACACAUGUAAUUUUCUAAGCGGGCGCGUUUAUUGUUCAUACAGGGCAUGAAACAAACGACCGCCGAAUACUGGUUAAUCAAAGAAGUGUCCGGGCUACACAAUUUCGGCGAAGAAGUGUUUGAAGGCCGGACGGCCAGCGGUUCUUCAGUAUUAGUGGGAGUCGGUCCACACGGCAUUAGUUUGAAUUUUUCGGAUCAGGAACAACAAAUGUAAGUACCCAAUUGAAAUGUCGAGUACGCAGGAAAUUUAAAUCACCUUGAUUGGUUUCUUGUUGUGCCACUACGAUACUAAUUAUUGUGUACCGCGGGGACGAACGCAGUUACUUCCCUCUCCCUUCUCCUUAAAAAAAAAAAAUAAAUGUGACAUUUUUCAAAACAAUUUCCUUGCGGUCGCCCCUGUAUGAAGGGUACAAGCGCCACAACGGUAUACUUAAAGUAUACAUUUUUCUUAUUGAUAUGAUGGGAUAUUUUCAGGAUUCCUUAUACGGCGAUCCGAAGCGCUGCUAGCCAUCGUCGAGUGUUCGAAAUGUGGUAUUUAGCGGGUGUCGAGCAUACCGAAACGUUAAUCGUUUUGAAACUAGAGUCUAGUCUGGGUGCAAACACCCUUUACAGGGCACUGACGGAAAAACACGCAUUUUACAGCUGUGAAACGGUCCGAGGUGCAGUCACGUCGCAAUAUAUCCGGGACCUCAAGGUAUACAUAAAUAUAAUAUUGCAAAUAUUAAAAGUAUCUUCAAGCUCUUUAUUUUUAUUCUGUCGGUACACCACUAUAGUUUUCGAUUAUUAUGGACGAAUCGGUCCGAUCAAAAACUUAACAAAAGUUUAAAACAAACUGAAAAAUAAAUUACUCACAGUUGUUUUCUAUCAAAUCCAUUUUGUUUUAUUGUUGUUGUAAUUAAGUCAGAAAUAUACAUAGACAUUUGAACAUUUAACAACGAAAAUUAAAAUUAAAAUUUUCUUAACUACUUAUCAUUUUCUAAUUAUUUUGACUCCUUUUUGAAAGUAGAACAUUUAGAUUUAUGUGGAUAACAUUUUUUUUGUCUUUGUAUUUAAACCCUCGAAAAUUUGAUACGAUGUUCGAAUGUAAACUAGCAACAAUACCAUUCAUCUCAUCGUCAAUUACAUUGAAUAACUUUUUUUGUUAUCUACUCGUUAACCUGUAUAGUUACUAAAAGGUCGAAGAUCCCAUGUUAUCUUAAAAAAAAAUAUAGUUAUUAAAUGUCAACAACUUUGACAACUGCAAUAUUUUCGAUAAUUUGCGUUACACAUCACCGACACUUUUGAAUAAUAAUACGGACUGUUAUUACUCAUAUACACGUGUAUUAUAAAAAAAAAAAAAAACAAUACUUACAAAGAUAAUUUCACACUCCAAUCAUACAAUAGAAUUUGACCUAUGUUAAUUUCUUCUCAUCGCUAUGAAUUAUUUAAUAAUAUAGGGAAAAAAAAUUGAAAUAAUAAUACAAAUUGUGUUAAUAGCUCAACACUUUUACUACAGUUAUUCAUGUGAAUAAUUGUUUUUUGAGAUUCUCAAUAUAGAGCAAAUAUAUCUUGAUAAUACUAAUAAGAUGUUGGUAAAAAUACACCAUAAUUUUCAUACUCUACACCUUAAAUUGUAUGAUAUUGAUGUGGAUUUUCUGACUAGCAAAACUUAUAUUGUAUUUGAAACAUAUAUUUUUACUUCCAUGUAUCAACCAAAACCUUGUUUUUUCUCUUUUUCCAGGGUACAAUCAUAUCCAUAUUUAACGAAGACUCACCACUCGGGAAGAAAUACGUGUUCGACAUUCAGAGGACUUGUCGUGAAGUUCACGAUAACGCCCGCCGCGCGCUCUAUGAGAAACAAAACAAAGUCACGCCGCCGACCAACUGUUGUUGUGUUGUGGUCCAUGGUCCGUCAUCGCCCGAACACACCGAAUCUAAUACUUCGUCUUCUCGGGACAGCUAUAAACUGGCAAAGCUCAUCGACGCCCUCACGUGCCGGAUUUGCAUGGAUGCCACAAUCGAUCACGUGUUUUUUCCUUGUGGGCACGUCAUUGCUUGUGGUACGUGUGCCACCCGAUGCGAGACCUGUCCACUAUGCCGGGGUGCUAUCGAUGAAUCCAGGCACGUAUUCAUACCUACUUUGGCCGAUUUGCCGGAUCUUCAUCGCUAA